AUGGAAAGAAAGCAAAUGAGCCAUUUAAUCGACAUACAAGACCCUCAUGUUCCAUUGGAAGAUUCAAUGGCAAAGGAGUUUCAAAGCUUGUCUCUCUUAUCCCCUGCGCCUGCAUGUAGCAUCUAUAGAGUUCCUGACCGGCUACGUCAUCUCAAGCAAAAAGCCUACACACCAAAGGUUGUCUCCAUUGGCCCCCUACGUCAUGGUGGUAGUGAAGCCUUCAAAGCCACGGAAGAACAUAAAAUGAGGUACCUGCGAGAUUUCAUUGGACGGACUGGGAAAACCUUGAAGUUCUUUAUUGACGUUGUAAAGGAGAAGGAAGCAAAAAUUCGUGAUUGUUAUGCAGAAACCAUUGAUUUUACAAGUGAAAAAUUAGUGAAAAUCAUUCUGGUGGAUACUGCCUUCAUCCUUGAGCUUCCCUUCUUCAUUCUUGAGCAUCUUUUCAAUUCAUACAAAACAGAUGUCCUUCUGCAAAAUGAUGGGACGACACUUACAAUCAAUAUGCUUACAGUAGGCUUUUUCAAAAGCCGAAUGGAGUCACCGGGAAUAGAAGAAAGAUGGGAAGAAAUCUUGUAUGGUGAUUUCAAAAUCGAACAUUUUGUUGAUCUCCUACGACACGUGCAAUUUAAGCCUGAUGAUGCUGAGACAGCAACUCGUAGAAAUAUGAAACUUCGGACACUAACCACCCCCAGCGCGACAGAGCUACACGAGGCUGGAGUGUUGUUUAAGGUACGGAACGACAGCAAAAAUCUAUUCGACAUAAAAUUCGAAAAAGGGAAACUAGAAACCCCAAGCUUUAUUUUAAGCGAUGAGACAGAAUACUCAAUCAGAAAUUCGUUUGCAUUUGAGCAAUGCCAUUGUAGUGAUCAGAACUACAUAAAUGACUAUGUUAUCCUCAUUCGUUGCCUUGUUGAAACUCGCAGUGAUAUAGACUUAUUGGUGAAGCUGGGAAUUAUUGAGAAUAGGCUUAGCAACGGCCGAGAUGCGUCACUUCUGUUAAACAAGCUUGCCGAAGGGGCUAUUUUGGACCAGGAAAACUUCUAUUUUGCUACUCUUUUUGAGGACUUGAACAAAUACUACAAUACCUUAUGGCACAAGUGGAAGGCACACUUGAAACAAAGAUAUUUCAGAACACCAUGGGAGGCAGCUGCUUUUCUGCUUAUUCUCACUAUCGUACAAACGGUGUGUUCUGUGGCUGCGGUUUUCCUGGCACUCUAA